AUGUUACGCUCCUUAGUCAUCCCCCCACGCAAAAGCUCGGUUUCGACUGGAUCACGCAGCAAUUGUACCAUAACGCGGAUGACAUGUUCCAAGCCAACAACUUUCCAUCUCUAUCGUCUCUACACUUGGCGGGUUCAAAGGGAUUUGAACAUGCCAUUUGACCAAGUUAUCCGUAUCAUUCAAAGCAACGUCGUACACUACCUUGUUGGCGCAGCUUGGUCCAAGGAAUGGUCUGCUGUCAACGUCUUGUCGUCGGUUCCCUUGGACACUCCUUUGCUUCAAGAAGUUGGGGGAAAGAUCGCGUACGGUCGAACACAUCGCAGUGCUGAUGAAGACGUCAACUUUUUGUGUCGCGAAUUCACAGAAGACGGGAAACUUACGAUCGUGGCGCAGCACAUUCACGAAGACGAAAAUCUACCCCAAUGCAAGGUGCAGUGCAAUCGCAUGUUCUGGGCAACUGUGGACCGCAUCUCAGACGACGUCUCGACGCUGCUGUUCUUGAGCUCGCACUACUUCAACCAGUACGGGAGCGUGCCGUUCAACGAUGAAUGCCAUUACCACUGGGGCUUAGACCUGAGCCACAUCGAGGACGAGGCCGCAAAGUUGGCGGCAUUCCACCGGCACAUCGCCCGCGCCGGCAACGAAUUCGUCGGCGCGCUUGCGCCCCUCCUGCACUUUGUGUAA